AUGUUCACGCUUAGUCCUGGUUCGGUUUGUGAUGUGUGCGCAGAGGAGUACGAUCCGCAUUGUAUUCCCCAUUCCAUUCCAUGUGGUCACAUUUUCUGCUGGAGCUGCUGCCAUAAAAUCGUACAAAAGACAUUGCCUAAUCUUCAAGCUGCCUGUCCUUUCUGUUCCGAUCAUUUCACUAGUGGUGAUGUGCGUUUGCUACGCACAAACUUCUCAGAAAGCGGACGAGUCACCCCUCGGGGGCGAGGUGGCCUUAGCGAGGCUUUUGACCGCCACUCCCCAUUACGAGGGGAAGAUCGGUUUCCCAUAGUCGAGCCGUGUUUCUCACGUACCCACGCAGAGACCCGUAGACUGGAGGAUAAAGUGGCCAAGGUAGCUGCAAGAAAAUGUUCAGUGGAAGAAGUUUCGACUCUUUACAAGGAGCUAGAUGAGUGGUUGAUUCAUGACGAAAGUUUUAAUGUCCAGUCGUAUUCUUUAUCAUCGAGUGCUGCGUUGCUCAAGACCAUUUUGACGAAUCACAUCGCUCAUUCAGAGGCUGUGAACAUGGCAAAAGGAGUUGAGGUCACCCUGAAAGGGAAGUUGGAUGAAAUGGAAUCAAGGGUGAGCAAGUUGAAAACCGACCUAAAGCAGUAUCAAGCCUUUUACACACGCAAAGUGCAAGAGUGUGAGGCUCUCAGAGUGGAGCUUACCCGUUGUACCCUCAAGUCCGCUUACUCUCGGGCUGCAAAUUUACCUGCCCGCCCCAGCACUGCCGCUCCAACUGGAUUAAGCGAGCGGCGCCAAUCGGUUUUUUCAUCCGUGGCAUCCACAUACAACGCACCAGCUAUGCCAUCCAUGCACUCGCGCUUCGAAUCCACUUAUUCUAGAAGUACCUUGACUUCUGCUACCGGAGUCCAAAAACCGACGAAUCCCGCACGCACGACGACACCAUCAAUUAGGUCUGAGGCCCCAAUGCGAGCGUCAAUGCGGUCGUCCCGCUUCCGUACUAUGUCCCCAAUCCCCCCUUCAAGACCGUCUGCGACGUUUCCUCAAAUAAUCAAUCCAUCGCGUUCCGAUGACCAGGAGAGGGCACGAGAAUUAAUUUACGAACGAUGGUUGCCUGCGCCGGACGUGACGUACGCUCCGCCGACAAGCAAAACAAUCAAC